GGUUCGGUUCGCGGGCUGACAGACAACAUGGACGCUGAGAUGGUGGAGGCUGAGAGCGGAGAGCGGCCGGCCGACGCCGGCGACACGCCCGCGAAGAGCUCCGGGACCUCCUACGACCUGCCCUGGGUGGAGAAGUACCGGCCGGUGAAGCUGAGCGACGUGGUGGGGAACGAGGAGACGGUGAGCCGCCUGGAGGUGUUCGCCAGGGAGGGAAACGUCCCGAACAUCAUCAUAGCAGGUCCUCCUGGGACGGGGAAGACCACCAGCAUCCUGUGUCUGGCUCGAGCUCUGCUGGGAGCCUCCAUGAAAGACGCCGUGUUGGAGCUGAACGCCUCCAACGACAGGGGGAUCGACGUGGUGAGGAACAAGAUCAAGAUGUUUGCUCAGCAGAAAGUGACGCUGCCCAAAGGCCGACACAAGAUCAUCAUCCUGGAUGAAGCCGACAGCAUGACCGAUGGAGCUCAGCAGGCGUUGAGGAGGAUCAUGGAGAUCUACUCCAAGACGACUCGCUUCGCUCUCGCCUGCAACGCCUCAGACAAGAUCAUCGAGCCCAUCCAGUCCCGCUGCGCCGUGCUGCGUUACUCCAAACUGACGGAUGAACAGAUCCUGGCUCGGCUGCAGGAGGUGGUGGAGGAGGAGCGCCUGUCCGUGUCUGACGAUGGGCUGGAGGCCGUCAUCUUCACCGCCCAGGGGGACAUGAGGCAGGCAUUGAAUAACUUGCAGUCCACCAACUCCGGCUUCGGCUACAUCAACGGUGAGAACGUGUUUAAAGUUUGCGACGAGCCCCACCCACUGCUGGUGAAAAGCAUGCUGGGACACUGCGUGGAGGGGAACAUCGACGAGGCCUACAAGGUGGUGGAGCACCUGUGGGCGCUGGGCUACUCUCCAGAGGACAUCAUCGGAAACAUCUUCAGGGUCUGCAAGACGUACCAGAUGGCUGAGUACCUGAAACUGGAGUUCAUCAAGGAGAUCGGCUACACUCACAUGCGCGUGGCUGAAGGCGUGAACUCGCUGCUGCAGAUGGCCGGGCUGCUGGGACGACUGUGCAGGAAGACGGCGGUCCCCGCCGCCAGCUGAAGCCCACAAACCCCCGUCACUCCCGCUCGGAGCCAGCCUGUCACACGUUCACGGAUCCAGCUCUUCUUCGUUCAUCAGUUCCUUUAAUUUCUCCAUAAACAACCUCUGAAGCAAAACUAUGUAAAAACAGAUCUGUUAUAAAUGUUAUUUGAUAAGCUGU